AUGGAUAAGAGUUGGAUGAAGAAGAGUAGAUUGUCAAGAGAUUAUAUGCAAAGGAUUAAAGAAUUUUUGGAGUUUGCUUCUCACAAUGUAUCUAAUGAUGGAACAAUUCCAUGUCCAUGUAUGAGAUGUGUGAAUUCAUACAUGUUGACCCUAAAAGUUGUACAUGAUCACUUGGUAUCCUAUGGAAUUAGUCCGGGUUAUAAUUGUUGGUAUCAUCACGGGGAAAUUAUGUCUGCAACGACUUCAAGUAAAACUAGUCAAAGCCAUGUUGAAGAAAUAGGACCCGAGUAUGGUGAUAUACGUGACAUGUUGCGGGACGUGUUUCCCAUGCACACCCAAAAUAUGGAUGAAUAUACAGAAGAAAGUAAUUUACCAGAACCAUCUGAUCAAGGGUGCAAGAAUUUUAACAAGUUGUCAGUAAUUGUGCAUCUGUAUCACUUGAAAUGUCUUAAUGGAUGGAGCAACCACUCAUUCACAAUGUUGCUUCAAAUUUUGAAAGAUAUGCUUCCUUCAGAUGCAAAUUUGCCGAAAGCCUCUUAUGAUGCCAAGAAGAUUAUUAAGGAUUUGGGUCUUGGUUAUGAAAAGAUUCAUGCUUGUCCUAAUGAUUGUAUGUUAUCUUGGAAGGAAUAUGCAAAUGAUGAAGUGUGUCAUUGUGGUGCUUCAAGGUGGGUAACAAAUGAGAAUGAUUUGCAGCAAAAUAUGAGUACUUCAUCUAAAAAGAGAAAGAAAAAGGCUGCAAAGGUUUUACGGUGGUUUCCCUUGAAACCUCGAUUACAGAGGUUGUUCAUGUCUUCAAAAACAGCUGCUUCUAUGAAAUGGAAUGCUGAAGGCCGUACAAAUGAUGGCAUAAUAAGGCAUCCUGCCGAUUCUAUGGCUUGGAAAACAUUCGACUCUCGAUAUGUAGAUUUUUCCUUUGACUCUCGCAAUGUCAGGUUGCGGUUGGCAGCAGUUGGAUUUAACCCUUAUGGGAAUAUGAGUACUAGUUAUAGUAUAUGGCCAAUCAUAUUGGUCCCAUAUAAUUUGCCUCCAUGGAUGUGCAUGAAAAGGUCUUCUUUCAUCCUAUCAUUGCUUAUUCCUGGUCCGAGCUCCCCUUCGAAUGACAUAGAUGUGUACAUGCAGCCUUUAGUUGAAGAAUUGAAGGAAUUAUGGGAUGUUGGAGUACAAACUUAUGAUAUAUCUUCCAAAGAGAACUUCCAAAUACAUGCAGCUCUAAUGUGGACUAUAAAUGACUUUCCCGCAUAUGGUGAUUUGUCUGGUUGGAAUACCAAGGGUGCUCUUGCAUGUCCUUCUUGUAAUUAUGAGACUCAUUCUCGAUGGUUAAAACAUGGAGGAAAAUAUUGUUUUAUGGGUCAUAGGCAUUUCUUGGAUAAAGAUCAUAGAUUUCGUAAAGAUAGAGCAUCAUUUGAUGGUAAACAAGAAAUAGAACCAGCUCUCGAUAUGCUAUCUGGCUUUGAGAUCAUGAUGCAAAUAGAAGACCUUGAUUACAAAUUUGGGAAGACAAAGGCAAAUGAAAAAAACAAAAAAAGAAAGAAACAAGCGGAUGGUGAUGAGAUACAACCAUGGAAGAAAAGAAGUAUAUUUUUUACAUUGUCGUAUUGGGCAAAUCAAAAAUUGCGUCACAAUCUUGAUGUGAUGCAUAUAGAGAAAAAUGUGAUUGAUAAUGUAUAUGGAACAUUGUUGAAUUUAGAUGGGAAGACAAAGGAUAACUUGAAGGCACGUCUUGACUUACAAGAGAUGGGUAUAAGACGUGAACUUCACCCACAAAAGAUCAGUUCCAAUAAGACAUAUUUGCCUCCAGCUUGCUUCUCAAUGAUUUUAAAAGAGAAAGAUGACUUCUUGAAAGUUUUGAAAGGGGUAAAAGUCCCAGAUGGUUAUGCUUCAAAUAUUUCACGUUGUAUCCAACUUCGACAAUGUAAGAUUAUAGGUUUGAAGAGUCAUGAUGGUCAUAUUUUGAUGCAGCAACUUUUUCCUAUCGCAUUACGAGGAGCAUUACCAAAACAAGUCGCUUCACCUCUAAUUGAGUUAUCUUGUUUCUUUAGGGAAAUAUGUUCCAAAGUCUUGCAAGUGGAAGAGCUUGACCGACUUGCAUCUCGAAUUGUAUUGACUUUAUGCAAUUUGGAGAGAAUCUUCCCUCCAUCAUUUUUUACUGUUAUGGUGCAUUUAGUCGUCCAUUUGGCCAUUGAGGCUAAAAUUGCUGGCCCAGUUCACUAUAGAUGGAUGUAUCCCAUUGAGAGGUAUCUCCAACGACUAAAAUCUUAUGUUCGUAACAAAGCUCAUCCAGAGGGCUCUAUUGCAGAAGGAUACAUAGCUGAAGAAGAACACAAGGAGCAUAUAAAGAGACAAAGUCGUCCGUGUCGUCUAACUGAUGAAGUUCUUAAUAAGAUGCAUAUGGAAAAGUUUUGUGAGUGGUUUAAAUCAUAUGUUGUAGCUAUGGAUGACACAAGAAAGCAACAACUUACUGAUGAAAUCAAGUGGCUUGCUCAAGGCCUAAACACUCUAGCUAGACGAUUCAAACGAUAUGUUGUUAAUGGUUUUAAGUUCCAAAUUAAAAAUUAUGAGGCAGCGAAGAAAACUCAGAAUAGUGGGGUUUGUGUGGCCACCAAAGGAGGCACCAUGUAUUAUGGUCUUUUAUUUGAUAUCAUUGAGCUCAAUUAUUUUGACAAGUUGAAAUAUGUAUUAUUCAAAUGCAAUUGGGCUGAUGUGAACACAGGCAAAGGCAACAAGAUAGAUGAAUAUGGGUUUAACCUUGUAAAUUUUUCGCAUUUGAUACAUACUAGAGAACAGUUAAAUGAUGAACCAUUUGUAUUGUCAUAUGAAGCUUCACAUGUUUAUUAUGUGGGAGAUGUAAGGAAUGAAAAUUGGUUGGUUAUUGUUAAAACAAAAGUGAGGGAUGUGUUUGAUGUUGGUACUAGUGAAUUGUGUGAUGGUGAUGUUGACACUUACUAUGAUAACGAGCCGUACAAUAUGAUAGUUGAAGACACUCAUGUAGAUGCGAAUGAAAACCUCAAUUGGGCUAGAAAUGAUACAGAUGUAACGACAAUCAAUAUACCACUUCCACUUGAUAACCAACUGAUCAAUGAAGAUGAUUUAGAUGAGGAUGUCUAG